AUGAGAGAAGGCCUUCCAUAUAUCCCAGAAAAUCUGGCACUUCACCACCAGUCAAUCUUGCAGACUCCGAGCCCUGCUAUGAUGUCCGAGCCAGACAUAACGACUUAUCCUCAAGCUAAAUACGUCUGUGAAUCUCUGGAGCAAUUCGACCGCUCCUUUAACACCAUAGCAGCCAGUAUCACCUGCCCUCUAGUUCAACCAACCCCCAUCUAUCAAACACCAGACAAUUCCUCUUUCCUCACCAGAACCGAGGAAACACCAUCACUCUCGUCUUCCCUUGGUUUUGUGGACAUGCCACAAGACAUGCCCUCCAUCCCCAAUGAUGCCUGGUUCCAGCCUCUGGCAGACGAUGAUAUCCAGAAGAACCUUGGCUCGACAUGCUCUACAGUCGACAGCAGCAGCCCUGGCUGGCUGCCAUUGACAAUGGCCAGCAGUGCCGAGAUCUGGCGCUCGUACUCCAUCCCAGACUCUUUAGCUGAAGAUCUAGGGCUGGCAGAAGCUAGGUAUUGCAGCACUGGCUGGCUCGCCCCGAAUACCAGCACCACCAGCGAGCAGCUCGUGGCUAGCCCCGUUAUCACUCAUGCACAUGAGAUGCACGCUCUGCAACAGUAUCCUGUCCCCUCUCCGUCCCCAUCCUCACCAACAACCAGCCAUAAUAGUUGCCGCUCAUUUGUUGCACCCAAACCCUCCUCCAGUCACCGAUGGGACCUGGAGCCUUACAACAAUCACUACGACCACCCAAACACCGAGUCAAUAUUGGUCGAUAACAGCAACACUUACACCCUUGACCAAAAGGUACAACCGCGCACCCAAACCCCACCGCCAACAGAGAAUGUCUAUUCAUCAUCUUCACAGCCAUGCCGAAAUGCAUCAGGAAUCACAGUCGGUCUGCACUACACCGACUCGCGCAACGCCUUCCUGAUCGACUGGAAGCGGCGCGGACUAUCGUACAAGGACAUCAAGCGCCUUGGCGGGUUCAAGGAAGCAGAGUCAACGCUUCGGGGCAGGUUUCGCACUCUCACUAAAGCGAAAGAGCAGCGGGUGAGGAAGCCGAAAUGGCAUAAGGAGGAUGUCGAGCUCCUCAUUGAAGCAGUCAACGCCUGCUUCUCAGAGUUGAAUGGGUUUUCUGCUUCUCGGGGACCGCCGCGCAAGAAUGCAGAGAUUCUGCCCAAGGUAUCGUGGAAGAAAGUCGCGCAGCAUAUCUGGAGCCAUGGCGGAUCGUAUCAUUUUGGGAAUGCGACAUGUAAGAAGAAGUGGUGUGAGAUUAACAAAAUUCAGAUCUAG